AUUCUUGGCGUUCAGAAAACCGGUAAAACUUUAUAACAACUUUUUCGUCGUUGUCGUUAACAUCAUCGGCGUCCACCUCGUUGCCGGAGCUGAAGUCACGGUCCGCACGUACACUCUAAAAAAUUUCCUCCUCUGCCGUGGGUGUGUAGAAACAAUUACAUUAUUUUACAUUUGGUGACUAAACGUAUAAGUGGAUAAUUUAAUUGUUGCUAAGUGUCCAGUCCUUUUGACCCUAGUUGUGGGUGAUGAAUUUCUUAAAUUCAAACAUUAAAAUGAAGUAUCUUCAACCAAUUACAAUAUGCCUUCUUCUGCCGCUAAUAUCUGGACAGCUGAAUUAUCCCAACAACGAUAGUCAAAAUUACAACAACAAUCCAAAUAAUCCUAAUAAUCCAAACUAUAACGCAAACAAUCCAAAUUAUAACUCAAACAGUCCAAACUAUAAUCCAAACAGUCCAAAUUAUAAUUCAAACAGUCCAAACUAUAAUUCAAACAGUCCAAACUAUAACCCAAAUAAUCCAAAUUACAAUUCAAAUAAUCCAAAUUACAAUCAAAACAAUUCUAAUUAUAACAACCCAAACAGUCCAAACUAUAACCCUAAUAGUCCAAACUAUAACAACCCAAACAGUCCAAAUUAUAAUCCAAGUAAUCCAAGUAAUCCAAAUAAUCCAAAUUACAAUUCAAAUAAUCCUAGUUACAACCAGAACAAUCCAAAUAAUCCAAGUUACAACCCAAACAAUCAAAAUAAUCCGAGUUACAAUCAGAACAAUCCAAGUAAUUUCAAUCAGAACAAUCCAAGCAAUUACAACAGUAAUCCAAGCUUCAAUAGCCAACCACUUGACCAGGGAGACUGUUGCGAAGAAUAUUGCUACACCCAAGAUCCUGAACCCUAUCUUAAUUUCGGCACUAAGACAGCAUACGAUAGCAUAACAAGACGAAGUGGAAACCAACAUAUUGUACCAGAUUGUACUGCAGUUCAGUUUUGGAGUUUAGUUCGACAUGGAACUAGACUACCCGAUGCUUCUACAAUUAGAUCUAUGCGCAACAUGAACAAAAUUCAUGAGGAAAUUGCAAGAAACUACGAACAAAGAAGAUCUUUUCCAGAUAGAGGUAGAUUGUGUCCCUCAGACUACGACUUGUUCAGAAGAUGGCGUUUUAACGAGAGCAUUAACGAAGGAAACGCUAAUACUUUAGCUAGACAAGGAGUUGAUGACAUGAAACUUCUGGCUAGAAGAUACAAGGCUAAAUAUCCUGACGUCUUACAAAACUACGACGAAAGAUCUUAUUACUUCCAAUAUUCCACUGAUGACAGAACUCACGAUAGUUUCCAAGCAUACAUUGAAGGACUUUUUGAACAGGAUGCUUUCAAAGUACACGCAAACACAGUCAAUGGCAAUAUGCUAACUAAUCCAUUCCAAAAUUGUCCAAAUUGGCAAGACAACCAAAAUUUAAAUUCAAAUUCGAAUUCAAAUUCGAAUUCACAGUUUAUUUCGAGAUCCGAAGUAGAGAGAUUCAAAGAAAAACCGGAAUAUCAGAAAAUGAUAAGAGAUGUAUUUAGGCGAUUAGGAUUUAGAUUUACCCUUAACGCUACAGUUAUCGAAGAUAUCUAUAAUCUUUGCAGUUACGAAAAAGCCUGGAACCCGCAACCGAGAUCGCCUUGGUGUGUUGCCUUCACCAAAGAACAACUGAAACUUUUGGAGUAUGUUGAAGAUUUAAAAUAUUUUUAUGAAUCUGGAUAUGGAAAUAAGAUGGCUGAAAAAAUUGGAUGCAGUUCAAUUAAGGAUAUGUAUGAAAGAUUCGAAAGGACAAUCAAUGGAAAUUCUGACGGAAACAAAGCAACAUUUAUAUUUGGCGACACAUCCAGCUUAUUAUCUGCUCUUACAGCACUCGGAACCAAUAAGGAUUACAACCUUUUGAAUUCAGAAAACUAUUUGCAACAAAAUAGGAGGAGUUGGAAGACAUCGACGAUGAGUCCCUUUGCUGGUAACUUGGUUGCUUCACUUUACCAGUGCAACCGAGGCGAAAAACACAGAGUAAUGUUCUUCCUCAACGAAGUGCCGAUUGAAUUCACAGAUUGUUCUGUAGGAUUAUGUAACUGGUCAACUAUACAACAAAAGUAUGAAAAUCUCGUAAGGACUUGCAACAGGGAUGACAUUUGCUCCUCACAAAGAGGAAGUGCUAAUAAACAUUCUGCCUCACUCAUAAUAUUCAUUUUGACAUCGAUAUUAGCUAUUAGAUUAUGAAUGUAAAAUUUUUAAAAAGACAGUCACACUUUUUGCAAGUAUUCAAAUAUCGUCUAGCGAAAUAAUAUGAAAAUAAUUUUCCGGUCAUGCGUUAAGUUGUAGUACAUUUCCAUACUUAUAUUUAAUGUGGAAAGUGUUUUCGUACAAGAAAUAAAAAAAAUUAUGUUCACUCAGAUCCAUGUCUAUUCCAGGAUUGUUUUAAAUAUAUUUCCUGAAACAAGAUUUUUUGACUAUAUUUUAAAUAAUAAAGUACUUUGAUUUAGUUAACUAUUGGUCUAAGAUUUGGUACCUUCAUUAUAUAAAUUAUAUACACAUGUAUUUAGAAAUAUUUAUUGUCCGUGUCAAGUUGUUGUUUGUAUUGUACGUAGGGUUUCCAACAUUGCAGUAAUGCUGACCCGGGGAAAAAUAAUUUUGUUUAUGAAUCCACAAUAUAAAUAUUUUGACUCUAUAUUUCAAAUUAUUAUCCACCAGCUAGUCCUAAAGUCGCCCUCAGAAGCUUUUCUUCAUUUCUCAUGGGCGCCGCUCCCGGAAAACUUUAAUCUAAACCAGGAGAAUGAUCGCCAAACCCGGAUAUUCCAGGUCAAAAUGAUGUUGUUGGCAACCCUAAUUAUUAUACGUGUGUGAGAGAAAACCAAAUAUGACAUAUAGGUUUAAGAUUAUCUAUCACUCAGAGCAUCAGAAAAAUAUUAGUAUUUCAUAAGAUUAAGUUAAAUUUAUAAAUUCAGUUCAUUAUUAUGUUUCAUGAUUUCGGUAUGGUGAAUAAACAUACAUAUGAAGGUAAUCUCAAAAAAAAAAUGUAUGUGUUUUUUUUUAAAAAUUGUUGGUCGUGAACUGUAUUAAAUUAACUUUAAGGUGCGUACAGACCGAAUUUCCAACUUUGUCCAAUGCCAACGGCACAUAUGUGCUGUCGUUGGCGUUGGAAUUGGGAAGUAUUAAAAAUGAUUUGAGAACAUCAUCCAUACCCGAUUUUUAGUGUUACAUUGCACACCAUACCAAACUAGACACAUUCAAGCUCCAAGCUUUGCAAAUCUAUUGAUUAUUUAUUGUGAUUUUUUCAAUUGCAAAUUAACGUAUUUUGAGAAAUAUAAAAGUGAUUACAUUGCUACAGUAGAGCGUCGAUAAUCCGGAUUAAUUGUGACCGAAUCCUGUCCGGAUAAUCAGAAUGUCUGAAUUUUCGAAAUGAACCAAAAAAAAAAUGUUGUUUGGGUUCAUAAUAAAUAGAAAAACUUGCUAAUACAGUUAACAAGUCACUUUUGUGGUUAAAUAAAACCAUUAAUUAAUAUGAGCUUAUAAUGUAUUUGAAUGAAAGAAUAUACUGUACAAUUUAUACAUUAUGUACCGGUUAAGAGGACUCCGUUCAGCCUGUCCUAUCAACGCUUUUGUUUGACAAAUAUUGACAAAUCCGGAUUAUCGACGGUCCGGAUUUUAACAUCCGGAUUAUCGAUGCUCUACUGGUAUAUGGUUCUACUAAUUUUCUUCAUGUGUUCUAAAUUCUGUAACAAUAGCAUAGUAUAAUGUAGAUUAAAAUAUAUUUACCAUAUAAGUUUUAUCAAUAGCAAAUAUAAAUAUAGUAUGACUUUUUUAUUUCGUUAAUAAAAAAUAUUUUUUUACAUCUUUAGUUAGUCCAUAGAUUUAUGUAGCCGCUACGGAAUAGUUCUAUUUUUAGACAUAUUAUGGACCUUUUAAAAGAUGCAGCUACGUCAUGCAACUGAUUUAUUAAAGUUUAAAGCUAUUUUUUAUCGAAUUAAAAUAUAUCCGUCCUUUAAUAUUUUUUAUUACAUAAAUAUUCAUUUUAAACAUUUACGCAUAGUUAUAUGAUCAUGUUAACAAUAUUUUAUAUACUUUAUGACUUAAACAAAUACGUAGGUAUGCCAUAGAAUUCGUUUUUAUUAAACUUAUUAAGACAACAUCAGCAGAAGUAAUACCAAAAUGAAUCCAAAUCAAAUAAUAAAGUUGUUUAAAUAGUUUCAGAGCUACUUACAUUAUUAUUUUAUUUAAGAAACUCAGUUUGUUAUAAGAAAUGUUUCAGUUAGUAUUUAAGUAUGGGUAAGAAUUUGUAGGUACCUGAUGUUACCCAUGGUUAAAACCAAAAAUGCC